GCCCGGUCGCCUGUGUGGACUUGGCGGCGGCGACAGUAGGAGCCCAUGGAUCACCCAGUAAAGGCCAUCGACGUGACCAAGAAGCGGUCGGGCCUGGGCCGGUGCCGGCAUUUCUUCUGGCUGGGAGUCGUCUUCGACAUGGUGGGCGUGGCAGUGCUGUUCAUCGGCCUCUUCGGCGACCUGAUCUUCUAUGACAUGCUGCUCUACCUGGGCUCCAUCAUCAUCUUCCUCAGCCUGCUCUGGUGGGUCUCCUGGUACACCGGCAACAUCGAGCUCUCCCCGGGGGAGGCGGCGCCGGCGCCCCCGCACGUGCGGGCCUCCACCAUGGCGCACGCGCUGCGCCAGAGCCUCAGCCACCGCUUCUCCUUGACGAUCCAAAGUGUCUCCAACAACUUUGUGCGGAUCCAUCGGCGGCGCUCCCGCAGGGUCUUUCAAGGGAUGGCCACCCUGACCCCAACCGUCUCGAGCCAGGUAGAGGAAAAGCUGCAAAAGGAAAACAAGACCAAAGAGGAAACGACUAGUGUCAGGGAGACGGGUGACCCUCAAGGCUUUUGCAAAGGGAAUCUGGGCCUCAGACCUGAGGAUGACACAAGCACAGAGGCAGCUGGCUACCCAAGGGCUGAUUCUGAUGCACUGUGGUUGGGUCAAGGCCUCUCGAUUCCCAUGGUGCAGCCUGUGUCCUCUCUAGACAAGUCUCUGCCCUCCAUCACCCAGACCUCUGAGAGCCUGCCUGUAGGCCCCUUGGCCUCUACUACUCAGAGUCUAGCCAGUUCUGCUUCUAGGACCCAGCCUGCAGUCCCCGAGGCCUCUCAGAGCCAUCCCCUGAGUGCUGAGCUCUCUCAGAAUCACUCCGUGGAGCAGGUGGCCUCUCAGAGCCACCCACUGGUGCCUGUGACCUCUCAGAGUUACCUCAAGUUCCUUGUGGCCGCUGAGAGCCACUCUGUGGUGCCUCUUGCCUCACAGAGCUCCUUCUUGGUACCUAUGGCUGCUGGGAAUCAUCUUGAAGACCUUGUGCCCUCUCAGAACCACCCUGUAUUGCCUGGGACUUUACAGAGCCAGGUCCAGAAUCUUCCUCUGGCCUCUCAAACUCAGCCUUCAACUGUUCAGGAUUCUGAAACCCAGGCUCAGGGUACCAAGGGCCCCAUGAUGCAGCCUUUUAAGACUGUGGAUUCACAGAUAGUUCAAUCUGCCCAGGACUUUCAGGCUAUGCUUCAAACCCAGCAGAGCAGCUCAUUAGUCCAAGAGAGUUCUCUAACUCAUUCUUCUGGUAGCCUGGAGGGUUCUAAGAAUCCAGUUGCUCAGGAUUUUGAGAUUCCGUCACUACGGGGUCAGAAACUACCUAAAGAGCUCCCUGACACCACAUCAACUGUCCCUGAGGCUGCAACUCCAGCCACUGAGGCCCAGCAGUCUCUCUCCACCAAGAGUGCUCCAUUCUCAGAGACAGCAAAGAAAAUUCACCCUCUCUAGUAGGGACUAGACCCAGUCUUUUGAGUGGUUGCUCAGGCCUCUGCCAAAACUCACCAGUGUUUCUUCAGAUGUAACUGCUGACCUUAUAAAAGCACAAAUCUUAUUUUACUCUUGUUUUGGGAAACUUCACCUGAAGUCCUGACCUAUCUCAGAUCAGCAGACUUAGACUGUCUCUGCCAAGUAUACCUGCUUCAGUGUUGGAAAUAAUCUUCCUGUUUCAGAUAAUAAUUUUAUUGCCAGAAUUACAAGCCAUAAUAAACUGUGUUAUUCCAAAGGAGCUUUGUCUUAAAAUAAAUUGGUUAAAAAAAAAGACUGCUGGCUCAGCCACUGUGGCAUAGUGGUAACAAAGGCCCUGAAGACUGGAAGUCAUGGUUGACUGCAAGUUUGGAUCCUCCCUGGCUUGGCCUGAAGACAUACCAGGUGGAUGCAGGCACCCAGGAGUGGGAGGGUGAGGAAAAGGGGAUGGCAAUGUGGUAAGACCCUGUCAAGGGUACUUCUCUCUCUCUCUCUCUCAUAUGUAUGUGUGCACAGUCAUUAAAAGACUUAUUUUGUGAAAGCAUUACAAAUAGAAAAUUUUGUCUCAUACUCCAUGUGAACUUGUAUGACUUAUGUAAGUAAAAGUCCCACAAAAAUGGACAUUUUUGCAACUCCUUAUAUUUAAGGAUAUUUUGUGACUUCAUUAUGAACUAGCUAUGAAAGGAUAACACAGUCGAUGCGUUACAAUAUGCUACAAUUUAUAUGUAUAUGUUCACAACUCUGAGUUUCCUGUUUUCCCCAAGGAUUUAAAAUCUGAUUUGAUUGCAUAUUUUAAUAAUAAUCUAAUAAAAAUUCAUUGAGGACUGCCCUUCUAUGUUCUUUCUUUUUUUUUUUUUUUUUUAUAUUUUGUCAGUCUCUUUAUUUGAGAAGUCUACUACAUCAACUGUCUAUACUCACUUUUUUAUUUAAAGGACUAUUUCAGUGAGGAGAUUAUUUCAAAAUAGAGACCAUAAGAAAUAAGAAUGUGAAUGAAGAGCAGAAGGAUUUCUCAUGGCAGGCAGGAUAAAGUAACAACCACUUUGGAGAGUAUGAGGAAAUAAGGAUUUCUUACUUGACUGCCUCGUAAAUAUUGUUGGAAGUGUGUCCUGAUAAGGCAUCAUGUAAAUUUCGAAUAAAAUAAUCUCUGUAUUCUUCUGGAAGUGCCAUAAAUGUUCCACCCAUCACAAUAAACUCCACUUUAUCCACACUGUGGCCAAGC